GUAAAGCGUGAAUGAGGAGAGCGAGUUCUUCUGCUGUGGUCGGGAUGCUGUCUGGAUCAAAUAUGUCUCACACUGUGACUCUCGCCGGUCCCUCGCCGUGGGGGUUUCGUCUGGUGGGCGGACGGGACUUCAGCACACCCCUCACCAUUUCAAGAAUAACACCUGCGAGUAAAGCAGCGCUGGGUGAUUUGUGCCCUGGAGACACCAUCCUAGCCAUCAAUGGAGAAAGCACAGAGACCAUGACACACAUGGAGGCUCAGAACCGCAUUAAAGCCUGCACAGAUCAGCUUGUGUUGGCCGUCAUCAGAUCUGGAAAGGUUUGGUCUCCAACUGGAAUAGAAGAAAACAAGACAAGUCCAUACACCGGCACACUGGAGUCUGACUCACAGACCUUUCGACCAAUCAGCAGCGGCUAUAGCCCCACCCCCAAGAGUCCGUCCCCAAAGAGUCCCAUCACAGGUGCUGUGCCCUACAACAACGGCACCUCCAGACCUGCCUACAACAAUCCAGCCGGCCUGUAUUCACACAAUAAUGGAAAUGGUGCCCUACCGAAGCAGAUGGCAGGCCUCAGCCUGGGCUCCCCUCACAGCCCUGAUCUGCCAGUGAAUUCAUCAGGAAACCGCAACGGCUUCGACACGCAGUCAGACGUCUACAGGAUGCUCCAGGACUACGAGGAACCUGUGUCAGCUCCCAAACAAUCUGGCUCCUUCAGAUACCUGCAGGGAAUCCUAGAAGCUGAGGACGGGGGGGUCUCACCGGUGGACAGACACGGGGUCAGAGGCUUGCGUUCCCCUGUCAGAUCCCCCGUGCCAAAGCUGGGCAGCCCCAUUGCAGCUCCUCUGGCACCCAUCCCCGGCUUACAGAAGCUGCCGCAGUGCACACGCUGCGCAAACGGCAUUGUGGGAACCAUCGUGAAGGCCCGAGACAAGCUCUAUCACCCCGACUGCUUCAUGUGUGACGACUGCGGGCUGAAUCUAAAGCAGAGAGGAUACUUCUUCAUCGAUGAGAAUCUGUAUUGCGAGACGCACGCCAAAGCCCGAGUGCAGCCUCCGGAGGGGUACGACGUGGUGGCAGUGUAUCCCAACUCCAAAGUGGAACUGGUCUAAGCACACACACACACACACACACACUUUAACCCAAACACACACAGGUUUUCCAUGAGGAUUCGUCUCGGCCAAGUGGAAAUGAGAAUAACAAACUGAAAUGUCUUCUUCAGCCCCUGCUCAACUUUAACCUGGACUGUGUAGAUUGUUAACCUGCAGUUAACCUUAUUCCUCCCUAACAUUCAUACCGAGCAGUUUGGUGUUGCUUUAUUAAGAGGAAAGUUUGAAACGCAAGAUAACUGAAUAGACAAAACAACAUCUGUCCACCUACAUUCCAGUGGCACACCAGCGAUUUAUUUUCCUGAAAGCUGUGGUGAACUGAGGUGCUCGAAAAGACCACGAAGAAUGUCCCGAGCCAUGUGGAAAAUGGAAAUGGUAGUCAUUUAUUCAGAAAGUUUGGGACACUGUGUUUAUUCUUUGGCUGAGAAGCCAAGACGUGUUUUUUUCUCUCUUGCUUCCAUCAACAAAUCGAACUUUAUCUUUGCUGUAAACCGAAGAAAAGGAGACAGCAUUACAAAAACUGCAUUUGAUUGGCUAUGAGCAAAUUUAUGCUAUGUGCAUGUUGUGUGUGCAUAUGAUUUGACACCUAAUGAUCAUUUUCUGUCAAUUUCUGUGGCAAAUAUGCAAUGCAUUCUCAGGAGAAAUGUCUAGGGAUGGUUUCUCAUCAGCUAUCAUCAUGGUGAAGACAAUACUGCUAAAUCAGGCCACACAUACCAGCAUCUUUGAUCAUUUAGGUAUUUCUUGGUGUUUUCUGUCAUAAAGCAAGCUACCUGAGAACAUUUGGUUUAGAUGUUUCUUGAUUACUCAAAUAUAGCACCUCCUUGAGUAAUGCAAAAAAAACGCCACAUGGUCCAAACGUGUCGGCCAAGCAAUUCUGACCGCGUUUGCAUAUCUGCGUACAGUACGUGAUUUAAACUAGAUUUAUUGUAAUGGUUUGGAUGACCAUAAUGGUGAAGUAGAUAUGCUUCUAUUUGCUUCUCUGUAAGUGAUGAGGCUUUUGUAAAUUCUGUAAAAUGUUUGUUUUGAGUGAUAUAUAUGUGUGGGUUUUAAAAAUGUGUAACUCAUAACUCGACUUCUUUUGUACUAAGGACCUUCUGUAAAUAAUAUGAAUGCUAACAGAUCUUCUAGAAAACAGAAAACAGUUGCUUAUAGUCGUAUUAAUGGAAUAAUUUGUCAUUCCAACCUCUUCUGACUUUCUUCUGUUGAACACACAUGAAUAAUCCUCAUGGUGUACAAGCUACUAAAAAAGCAGCGUGAAAGUAUUAUUAAAGUAGUCUGUAUGACUUGUGUGCUGCCCUGUGAGAGAAACCGUAUGAUAAAAUUGUGUGCAGAAAACACCAAAA